AUGACAGUUGAAAAGAGGUUUGUUUUGGUUGGGAUUAGAAUUGAUACUCAAAGCAGACAGCUUCUGAAUUGGGCUCUUGUUAAAGUUGCUGAGCCUGGUGAUUGUGUUCUUGCUGUUCAUGUAGUGAAAACCAAAAGUUCAGAUGAUGUUUUGAAAAACAAGAGUAUCAUAGAUGGGUAUUUAGAGGUUUUUGAAGGCUUGUGUGAUGUCAAGAAGGUUGGUCUUUCUGCGAAAAUCUUAACGGGGAGAUCGAUUCGAAACACUCUUGUUAGAGAAGCGAAAAACCAUGGUGCUUUGGCUCUAGUGGUAGGGGGUAAGUCUGGCACCGCUAAAUAUUGCGCCAAACGACUUCCACCAACCACCAAUGUUCUAGCCGUCCAAGAUUCGAGGAUUGUCUUUGGGAGGUGUAACAAUAAACUACCACCAGGUAGUUUUAUAUUGGAUCCAAGACCAAUCAUAGAUAACCCGAGUGACAGAAUAAUCCAAUCUGAAUUUGGAUGCGCCGUGGUGGAGAGUGAGAAAUCACUACCCCAAAAUACCAAGGAAUCAAAAGAAGAAACAUUUGACAAUCCAGAAAAGCACAAGUCGUGGUCGAUAUCCAUGUUUGCAGGUGAUCCUUCUGAGCAGAAGCUUGGAUGGCCUCUACUUUGCAAAACGAAUUCAGAAAUCUCACAAAGCUGUCAUGGAAGGGACAUGUCUGUAGUACAAUGGGUAAUGACUCUACCAGACCGUUCAUCGGAAAGUAGUCCACAAUCAUCUUCCAGCGACAGAAAUCCAUUCGAAAGGAGCACCAGCGACAUUCUUGAGGACGAGAGCUUCAACAUUAUUUUAUCCCCAUCUGUUGUACUACCAAAAGGCCUAGAGGAGAUAUUAAAUGUCAAUUCACUCAAUUGCAAGUGGUUCUCCCUUGAGGCUCUUAAGUCUUGCACUGACCAAUUUUCUUCAGAAAAUUUGAUUGGGAAAGGCGGGAGCAACCGUGUGUACAAAGGAGUUCUCUCUGAUGGAAAGCUAAUUGCAGUUAAAGUAUUGCGGUCAUCGAAAGAAGCCUGGAAAGAUUUUUCCUUUGAGAUGGAAAUAAUAUCCCCAUUGAAGCACAAAAACAUUAGUCAACUACUUGGAAUUUGCAUAGAGGACAAUAAUACGUUGUUAUCCGUUUAUGAUUAUUUCCCCAGAGGCAGCUUAGAAGAAAAUCUACAUGGAAAGAACAAAGAUGGGUCAAUUUUGUCAUGGGAAGUGAGAUUCAAUGUAGCUGUUGGAAUAGCUGAGGCCCUUGAUUACCUACACACAGAAGCCUUGAAGCCUGUUAUACAUAGAGAUGUCAAGUCUUCAAACAUUCUUCUUUCCCAAGACUUUGAACCACAAUUGUCUGAUUUUGGACUUGCAAUAUGGGGACCAACAAAAACACCCUUUUUGACACAAGAAGAUGUAGUAGGAACAUUUGGUUACCUUGCUCCUGAAUACUUCAUGUAUGGAAAAGUCAGUGACAAGAUAGAUGUCUAUGCUUUUGGUGUAGUACUACUUGAACUAAUAUCAAGUAGGGAACCAAUCAGUUCUGAACCUUGCAAAGGACAGGAGAGCUUGGUAGUCUGGGCAAAACCAAUGAUAGAGCGUGGGGAUAUUAAAGGUUUGUUGGACCCAAGAUUAGAAGGGAAGUGUGAUGAGACACAGUUGCAAAGAAUGGUUUUAGCAGCAUCUUUAUGCAUCACGCAGGCUGCUAGAAUUCGUCCUAAGUUUAAUCAGAUACUGAAGAUCCUAAAAGAGGGUGAUGAAGUUGAAUAUUGCUUCAAUGAGCAUUCAGAAAAUGAAGAAAACAUUGAUGACGAAGUAUAUCCAAAUUCAAGUGCAGAGUUACACCUAACACUUGCAUUACUUGGUGUUGAUGAAGACAAUACAUCAUCAUGUAGUAGUACAGAGCACAGAUAUAGUGAGAAUUUGAAAGACCAAUGGAGCAGCAGGUCUUCAAGUUUUAACUAG